AUGGCCAAUUCCAGGGAGAUCCUUGUCAAUAUGAUUCGGGAGAUUCAUGCCCAAGACGAAUCCAAGCACUUCCAGCAAGUUCUUCAGGAUAAGUAUAAGACACUGCACUCCUACAAGGAUUACCUGGAGAACAUCAAAGGUGAAGUCAUGGCCCAUGGCCAUGUGCUCCAGACGGCCAUUGUUGAUGUUCCAACCCCAAGCACGCAGAUUUCUGAGCAUUGGGUGGAUUGUUGGCAGCUGGGCUUUUCCGAUUCAGCUGGCUAUCGUGGCAAACCCAAGCAGGUCUCCAUUGUUGAGUUGGCCAUCAACUUUGUGGAGGACAGUUUUCAAAGUGUACGACGGCCAUUGAGUGUGAGCUUUGACUCGUCCACUGGCCCUGUGGGUAUGUUCAGCAUCAAGCAUGUUGUUGGAUUCACACGGUCACUGGCUGCAAAGAUGGUGCUGGAGUUUUGGUCACAGCUCAAUGAGACUCAGCAGAAGGACUUGUCUCAUGUGUUUGCAUCCUGCCUCACGAUCAAAGUGACCUGGCAAGUUGCAGCCAAUGCAGAGUCAGAGUUCUUUGGCUCUGUGCGGGGCAAGUUCCAGCUGUCCGAGAGCACUAGGCCAGACGUGAUUCAACUGUAUCAUGGUUGGCAAGGCCUCUUUGCAAAGAUGGGAAUGGAGUUCAAUGCAUGCAUCUCUGACCAAAUCAAGAAGUUCAACCAAACAAGCUCAGUGGCUGGUUCUCGUGUGAGUGAUCUGGAGGCACAAAUCUUGAAGGUUUUGCCAUUCCAGCUCAAGUCAUUUGUGGACCUGCUGGAAUCUCAUUGGGAUCGGUUCAAAAGCCCUGAAUCUGCUGUCACGCUGAAAAGCUUGUGUGAAAAGGUUGAUCGCAAGGCACCACCUACAGAGAAUGCAGCCUGGGGCUCCAUUCUGAAGGCGACGCCCGAGAAGAAUUUCAUUUGGCUCCAGCGGCAGAUUGAGAUCUUUAACCAGAAUCAGCGCCAGAUGGCUGGAAACACAAAGAAGAAAGGAUCUCUGGCCUUUCGGGCAGCAGACUUCCAGAAGACCUUGAGCGUUGCAGACUUUGAUAAAGCCAAAUCCUGCUUCUUGAAGGGUAUUUGGGACAAAGAGUUCGUUGAGAAGGUGAAAACGCAAUCAGAUGAGAUCUCCAUGGAGUCAUUUCGCUGGCUCCAGCAAUUCAUUGGAGUGCACAGCACAGUCUUGAGUGUUGAGGAGAGAUCAGUGCAAGCUGAACUUGAGCUGGAAAAAGCAAAGUACAAGGCCAUGUGUCUCAAGCUUGAGGGUGAGCAGGGAAAAUUUCAGAGCUUUGUUCGACAGCUUUCAGAUUGGAAGGCAUCCCAUGCAGCAAGCAGGAGGACGCACUUGCUUGGUGAGAAGGCGAAGUUUGAAGAGGCUUGCCAGACUAUGCAGUCAGCUUCCCUCCCAGUGAGUGUGCUGGAAAGUGGCUUUGUAGUGACACAGUCCUUGAAGUCCUAUGAAGAGUUCUCCCAGCCACGUGCAUACCACGUUCUGCUGUGCGACUUGACGAAGCUGGGCACAGGAUGGUCCAAGCAUAUCAAUGACAUUGUCACCAAGGUCUCUGCAUGUGUGGCACCCAAUAAAGAUGCUUGCUGCCUCAUGAUUGCCCCCAACAGGGCCCGGUGGGGAGAAUCUGACAGUGAGGAAAAGAUCUCUGAGUCAGUUCAUGAUGUUGAAGCAACAUUGAAAGCUGAGAGCGCACAUCUGAUAUGCAGAAGGAUUCAGAUCAUCUUCUCUGAGGAGAGCCUUCAGCAACAUUCCACACGGGCAGCCACCCAUGAUGCUUGGAUGAUUUUGCCAAAUACGGAGUCCGAGUUCAGCAGCAGUGCUCUUUGGAUCCGUCGAGCUGCUCAAGAUUGUCAGGCAAGGCCAACAGGUGAGAUGACCAACCAGAGUGUUGGACACAUCACACUGAACUUGUCAAAGCCUCAGCGUAUGAAGCAGGCAAUGUCGGGUGCUGCCCUUUGGCAGAGCAUCUUCACAAAACUGCUGAGCGGCAUGAAAACUACAAUCCCAGUCUUCAUCACUGACCUGCUCCUCUAUGACAGCUCUGUGGUGGAAGCAAUGCUGCUUCGAAAAGCCCAAUCAAAACAGAACUUCAAGGUUUUGAGCAUCAUCUGGGCAACUGAGAGCACCAAAGAUGCUCAAGCUGUGGCAGAGAAGAGACAAAUCUACAAAUUCUUGGUCCCCCUGUUCUGGCGUCAGAUUGGCAAGAUGCAUGAGAGCAAGGUUCUUGCGCUGGAUGGCUUCAAGAAGGCUGAGCUCAAGCAAGAUAGCAUCAUGCCAAGCCUCAACGAAGGUGACUUUGAAAUGACAUGCCCAAUGCCAUCCGGUGAUAGCUUCUUGCUGCCUUUCAGGCAGUCAUUCCUGGACACAGUGACAUUGACAAGGUUGGUUGAUGACUUUGCGAAGCUUCAAGCAGACCACAACAAUAAGUUCAACAACAAAGGCACCGAGACCUACAAGGCGAAGAAGAGAAAUAUUGAGACGCCAGAUGUGCAGCCUGUGCGAAUCGAGGCAUGCAGUGAUGUGGAUGGCAAGGUGGUGUCAGAGAAUGCAGACUACUGCCUGAUGAUUCACAAGGAUGGACUGUACAUCAAAGGCAAGAUCGAUUGCACAGCAGCAUGUGGCCCCCUGGUCUUGGCCUAUGGUGAGUACCACACAGAUGGAAAGGAGCAUAAGAACAGCUUGAAGUUCCAGAUGAAUGACACAAAGUUUACCGGCUGGUUCAUGAAGGAUGAGGUGGAGGGAAAGAUGACCUUGGAGGAUUUCUUGAAGCAGAUGGAGAAUGACAAGGUUGUCAAGCCCUUCAUUGCUGCUCAUGAGUUGGAGUAUGAUGGCACUGGGUCUGUUGCUGUGAAGGCUACGGAGGAAUGUGUCUUUGAAAUCAAGAAGCUGGCGGCCAAUAUGGAGGUGACCAGUCAAAAUGCUUUGAGUCAGCUCACGAGCAACAUCAAGUUUGACACCUUCGAGUAUGGUGAUGGCAAGUUGGCCAGCGUGAUGAUGAGGCUGAAAUUCAUUGAGCAGUCCAGCAGCCCAGCUGGGAUUUACCCCCAGAAACCAGGGCUGUUUUUGAAAGCGCCUUUGGAAAUCAAGCAAGGCAAGACUUACAAGAUUGGGUAG